ACGAGUUCAUAUUAAGACUUUGAAGUACUUUAACAGGACAGUACUUUAAACUUCUCUGGUGAAUAACCUCAGACAGGGAUAUCUCCUACAGUUUGUUGCACAGCGCAUCAACCGUGUUGACGUGCAUGUGUGCGCUCGGUCGUGAUGACAGUCAGCUCUGUCACGUUGCUUUGCCUCGGACUGUGUUUGUUCCUCGUUGGUCCGUGUCAGUGUGGCUGUCGGGAAACAGGUCUGUGCUGCACCGGCCGGGACCCGUCAUGCAUCAGCAAAGGAUGGAGGUCUGACCGCUCCUAUGGCACCUGCUACUGCGACCAGGCCUGUGUCCACACCCUGGACUGCUGCCACGACUAUGAGACAGCCUGCCCAGCGCUGUCGUGUGUGGUGAGCGAGUGGACGGAGUGGUCAGGCUGCGCCCAGCCCUGCAGGGCCACAGUCCGCAGGAGGAGCAGGACAAUCCUGCAGGAGGCGCUCAAUGCAGGCAAACCCUGUCCCCACCUGGAGGAGCACGCUGGAUGUGCAGAGUACUGGUCUCACCAAGGGAGCUGUAACAACCCACUGGUCCCAGCACUGAUUAUCACUGGUGGCUAUGGCAACGGCAGGAAGAAAAGAGACAUCCCUGACAGCAGCGACAUCAUAGGGUAUUGUGUCCAGUUUCAGUUGACCUCUCUCACAAAAGGAUGCCAGCAAAGUUCAGGCCCACACACCCAGUGGAUGCAGCACCUGAGGGAGGGGCACCGCGUGUGUGUUGAGUGCCAGCCACCUGCUCUCGCUGCUGGACAGACACACUGUGCCGGGGAUGGAGAGAAACACGACGAGGACAGAAAAGUGCAGUCUCUCCAGUGGCAGGCAGUGGGAAACCCUCGAUGCAGGGGUGUGUGGAGGCGAGUAGGGAGGCUGGAGGCCUGUUCCUGCCCAACAGCCCACAGCUUCCUCUUCAUCUAACCUCCUCCUCCUUCUCACUGUUUGCCUGCCUUCUGUACAUAUUUACUCAGACUCAUGUAUAAAGAGCAAUCUGCAAGAAUACAUAGAAACCAGCCAGAAUAAUAAGCACUGACCACUAAACCUGUUGUGUUAAAGAGUUCUGGUCAAUGGUCCAUUGUGCCUUCUUCCCCAGAUUUGUGAAACUACAUGUAAACAUUUUACUAAUAUGGCAACCCAUGCUCACUCCCAGUUCGUCAAAUACACUUGGUCAGUGGCCCAACACCUCAAAAUAUGACGCUCUAGGUAGGCUACACCUCCUAUGAACGCUCAGGGACGGCAUCUUUUCAAAAUAAACAGUCUCUUGGUUGAAAGCACAGACGUUGUUUGACCCACUCUAUGCUGAAUUUCUUGCUCUUUUUACUACAGCAGUUGCUUAGAAUGUUAAAAACUGCCACCACCCAAUGCAUAUAGUACUGCUGCUAGAGGGUGCCUCGGUACAUCAGCGUCUGAUGCUGAGGGCCACUGACCAAGCCUCGGCAUUUGACGAGCUGGGAGUGACACUGGGUGGAAUGUGGCUGAAUGUGUGCCAAUGGAAAUUCCUAUAUCUUAAGCAAGAUUUAUACUUGUGCAUCACCUCUAUGCAGAGCCUGAAAUGGUUUCAGAUUACAAAAAUAGACAGAUGGUCUGCGUCACCGUGACCUGUAGUUACAUUCCUGGCUCUUCAGCCUAUGGCCACAGGCUACGUCGACGCAGAGCCUUCGCUCUAGGUACAUCAUGGAUUCAACACAGAAGUAUAAAUCCCGCUUUAGCCAGAAUAUAAUAAUUUUUUGUUGUCUUUACUGCACAACAAAAACACUAAUGAUACAUUUUCCUAAUUUGGUUUGCAUUGAAAACUGCAAAUUACCAGUAAAAUGAAAGUCAGAAAUUCCUGAUCAAAAUGUAAAGUGAUCUGAUUUAUUUCAUUUAGUCAUCCAAGGGAAAUGUUGCUUUUCUUAAGAAAUAGAAAUAUCUUAGGACAUUGAGACACUUUUUUUUUUUUUUACAUGACAAGUACUGGCUCUGUGUGAAUCACAACCAGUCACAACGCCGAAGUUACAACAUGCACUGAACAAUAGAACAUUAAUACAGAAACAACAGCAUAGAAAGUCAACAAGUAAAAAUGUGUUUGUUUUUUGAUUUUUUUUGUACAAAACAGACAGCCUCGGGACCUACAAACAACAUUGUAUAAGAGCUGGCUAAGGUCAUUCAAAUAUCUUUUUUUCAAUUCCCUGGAAACAGUGUACUUUACAAAGACUGAUGGCUUAGGCAAGGUUGGGGUCAAUUCCACUGAGAGCUGAAAAUGUAGAAAAAAUAUAAUUUGGGUUUUUAAUUUGUACUAGGUUUUAAUUGUGUCAUGCUCUAAUACUGGUUCCUUCUAUAGUGUCAUGUGUGAUGCGUGUUUUACUCCAUCAAGGCAUCCUGAAUCGACCCCAACCCUGUAAUACAGUGUUAGAUUCAGAGGAUGUGGAACUGGGCUACUUGCUAAAGCAGGGGUUCUCACUGGGUUUUGGAAACUACCACAUGUCCUUGAAAAGGGUCCUAUGGGGUUCUAACAAAAAAGGAAAAAAAUACUUGAACCUCUUUACAGUUAAAUUUAGAAGCUAGGGCAACAGCCGAAUUCUAUUUUAGGUUUCAACUAAAUGCAUUUACUGUACAGCUGGGAGUCCUGUGAUGGAAAAGUGUGAGAAUCUGUGCUCUUCAUCUUAGUGUGUCAAUAAAUGAGAAAUAAAACAA